AUGGUGGUGGGUUUGCAGAAGAAACCCGCAGGUGCAGCCGCUGGUGGUGGCGGUGGUGCAGGGCCGCGGGCGGCGGAGCUGGAGGCCAAGCUGGGGAAGGCGCACGACCAGCUUGCGGCGAUGCGGGAGCAGCUCGCGGCCGCCGAGAAGGCCAGGAAGGACGCGCGCGGCGCCUUCGCCGAUGCCAAGAAGCGGUUCGCCGAGAACGCGAAGAAGAGGGAAGCCGCCGCUCCGGCGCCGGUCGAACAGGAUACCAAUGUGCGGCCGCCAGAACAGAAGCAGCGGGAGCAGGAGGCAGAAGUUGUCGCAGACGACGUUGCAAAUGGUGACGGCGAGGAGAGAAGAUGCAUGGUCGACCGCGAGGACAAUGAGUCCCGGGUUGAGGAGGUGGCCGAGAAGACGACUGAUAAUGGCGAUGAGGUGAGCAACAGCAUUGCCGUCGUUGGAGUCGACGGUGCUGGAAACGAGGGGAACCCGGAGGCGGACCAGCUGUGGAGCAAGCUUGUGGCGAAAGACAGGGAGGUGUACGAGGUGAGGGCGAAGCUGAUGCUGAAGGACAUGGAGGUCGACGAGCUGAAAGCUGAGCUGACGGCGAAGGACGCGAACAUCGGCACGCUGACGGCAGAGCUGGUCGCAAAGGACGCCGAGUUCGCCGCUCUCAGAGCCGAGAACGCCGAGCUCACGAAGACGGCCUCCGGCGCCGCCGAGGCCGACAGGAAGACGACGGCCGCGAAGGCGAGGGAAGCCGAGCGCGCGCUGAUGGACAGCGCGGCGCGUGAGGCCCGGCUGGCCGAGCGGAUGAGGGAGUCGGAGCGCGCGCGGGGGGCACUGGAGGCCGAGGCGCGCCGCAUCCGCGUCCAGAGCGAGCAGUGGCGCAAGGCGGCCGAGGAGGCCGCGGCGGUGCUCGGCGGCGCGGGUCACCACGUUGGCGCGGAGGAGACGGACGAGGACAGGCAGUGGGACGCGGGAGACGGGGGCUCCGGUGUGAAGAAGAAGCCGGCCGGCGGCGCCGUGCGGCUGCUCGCCGACCUGUGGAAGAAGAGGGCGUCGAAGUGAUCGGAAAGUACGCGCCGGGCGCGGUCGAUCGUGCCGCACUGCGCGCGCGCAUGGGUAUUUGCUGAUGUGCUCCAUCGAUCGGGUGCCUCUCCUGUAACUAGAUAACGUGCACGUACGUGUUUAUUUACCGUUCACAGUUUUUUCUACUAGAUGAUUUCUUACUGAUGUUUUUUGUUGCGUGUUCGCUGUACCGUGCCACUAUUAUUCCGAGCCGCCAGAGGCUGAUUUACCGAGAGGAGGAACGAACACUGUGCUGCUGAA